AUGUACACCAUUGCACCACCAUCCAACAGAGAUGUAGUCGGCGAUACCUCAACUAAGGUAGGUUUUGGGAACCUCAAACGUUCUUAUCUUAUCAGGGUCCGCAAUCGCCCCCACCUGAUACAUGGGGGAAAGAGCAAUGACGAACUGCCCGCCCACCCUCGGAGCACUCGCAGCGGUGCCCCCAGUCCACCCUCCGUCGCAGCGUUGCGGCUCGAAACCGAGCCGGUUCAGGCACGAGACCCAGACCGACUCUCCAUUCCUCCUCCGUCACCGAUCACCGGUAUCGCGUGUCCGACUGACCGACCGAACUACCUCCGAAACCUCGUGCACCAAACACCUACCUCACGGGCACUUCGUUCGCCUUUCUCCUUUGCCAUACACACGCACCCUCUUCGCAACGAAGUCGGCCACCCUUCUGACUUCCUCCCCAACUCAACACUGUAA